CACCUAUGUCAUCUCCACCUUCCACCACUAACCCCCCAGUCACCUCGCCCUCAUCCUUUACUUCACAUGGGAACACUUUUCAGCAUGUCCACAAGGCCACCACAGUGGUAAAGAACCUUAACUCCAGUAUGCCUGCGAGUAAGCCAGUACCAGAGAAAGGGAGACUGUUAAUGAGUGAAAUGAAACUGGGAGAUGUAAAAUCUAUUGCCAGCCUAAAGAAAUCUGGAUUGACAGCAGAUUUGACCAUUUCGAAUAAAAUAGUGGUGUUACCCACAGAGGAGGCCAAUUUGUCUGAUAUUGAUUACCUGGUACCCAUGCAUGAUGAGAAGGGAAGACCUAUAGCAGAGUGGAAGAGACAGGUGAUGGUACGACAGCUACAAACUCGUUUAUUUGAGCAGGAAACUCAGAGGAUGAAGGAGAAUGGUAGUAGAUGUGCAAAGAUGGAUAGUUGGAGAUAUUCCCAGGCUCACAAUGCCAUCCUGGGCCCAUUUGGAGAACUUCUAACAGAGGAUGACCUCAUUUAUCUGGAGAAACAAAUUGAGAAUGUGUCCAUGCAAAAAAACUCUGAAGGCUACGAAAUGGAACUUGCUCGUCUGGCCGAAGAUCUUCGAAACAAUCUCCCAGCACCCAUAGUCAACAUCACUGUCAACACCCAGUACAGAAACCUCUCAACACAGACUCACUUGCCUGUUUGGUGUAACCGUAUUUCAGGCAUUGUAAAGAGUAUGUCUCUGCUCAUGACCAACCUAACAGACCAGCCUUACUGCAAAAUGCCAAACACUGAGCUUGUAAAUGUCUUCUCCCAGGCUUCUGAGAGACAACCCCCAAACAGAGGCAGGAGGGAGAAAAUAGAAAAUGAGAUUCACCAGUUUGGCGUCUCAGUGAGGAAUCUAAAGUCCAACUUUGAGAAUCAGAAUGCUUCAUCAUUAGAAGGCUCAGGGAGCACAGAGUCAUUGUGUAAACAAGAGCUAGAGCCAGUAGAGAAUGCAUUGGAUGAGGUCCUUCAAGUAAAAAGACCUGAGGCUGACCAAAGCAUGAAUGAAUUGGGUAUAGACCUUAUUAACAUCAGCAAUGUAAUGGAAAGUACAACCCUGCGCAAGGAACGCAUUGUGGUCUUGUUCCUUGGUCACUGGAAGAAAUCAGCAUAUACUGUAACUGUGCGAAAUGCACAGAGGAAGCAAAGCGUUGAUUCACUGGAAAUAUCUAAGAAACCCAAGUGUGAACGUAAGAUUAGCUUGGAUGUUCCUCAAAAGACAACCAUGGAGAAUGGCAAAUUAGGACACUUCUUUAAGCAGAGAAGUGCUAUCAACAAGAUGAUUGGGAAUUGGAGAAGCAUGAUCUCAUUUGUCCCAUCACGGCAGAUCCGAAGACUAAACCGGCAACAGGCCAUUUACUCACCAGAGCAGUUCUUGCCUCGUGUGGAUGGAUCUCCUGUUGGCUAUGACACAUUGACUUUAGAUCUCUUCAUGCUUGGCUACUUUCACAUACUGGAGCUGGAUUUGCCACCAGAUGAGAGGAAAAUGAGACACCUUUUGUGCUUUGAAGUUUUUGACCAUGUGGGCCGCUUCACCUGGGAGACCGUUCGGGAUUUCCACAAGGCUGUAAUUCAGGACAUUGAGGCUGGGAACCGAGAAUGGAAGGAUGGAUUUGAAGACAUUAAAGUGACAUUUUUUAGAGAUAGAUCAGGUCAACCAGGGCUUGAAAACUCAGAACAGACACCCACGGUAGAAACUAGGCCUGUACCUAAAGUCGUUGUUCAAAUACCCACUCCAGACGAGGGUGAUGUCCCCAGAAACAGUACUGAUUUUACUAGUCUAAGCAAUGAAGAUAUAUGCAAAUAUAUUGACCGUAGUUUUGCUUUCUGGAAAGAAAAGGAGGCAGAGAUAUUUGAUUUUGAGGAAUGACAACAAGCUUUUUGAGGACACAAGCAUACAGACUUCACAUUUGCCGUAGUAUUGGGACCAAUAUUUAUACAG